AUGUAUUAGAAAUCAUCAUUAAAAAAACAGAAUAAUGAUAUACCUGUAAGUAUAAUUUAAUUACAUAGGAUCAUUAUCAUUUAGAUGAAAAUUAAGAAUAAGAAUACAAUUCAGUUUGUGGUUAUAAUUCAUAUGGAGUACUUUUAAAAUAUAAUAUAUUUAGAUUCCUUAAUACCAUCAAUUACCAAUCAAUGUAUAUAUGAUUUUACCUCAAAACUAUUAAGAAAACUUUGAUACUAAUAUUCCAUAUAUCUAAUAUCCACCUUAGCCUUAAACUCCUAUUAGAUUUGAUCAUCAACCUUUAAAAUAAAUCAAAGCUAAAAAAUUAUAUAAAAGUAAUAUUGAUAUUGUUAUAAUAGGAAAACAAGCUACAACAAUUACAUAAUCACAUUAAUCAGUCUAAUAAUAAUUUUAAAGAACAGAUGAAUCAGAACAUGAAAUAUGGCCAUAAGCUAAUUUUGAAAUAGAUUAAAAUGAAAAUGAAAAAAAAUUAUUAUUCUAAUAAACUUUAACUGGAUUUGUUUUAAAGUUAUUUGAAGCUCAUUAAAAUGCUACUCUAAGUGAAAGAUAUAUUGUAGAAUAAGUUCGUUCUAAUUUAUGUAAAUUGAAAAGAUUAGAUGGUAGUAAAUAUAAGGGUAAUUUAUAUAAAACUGUCAAAGGAAGUUUGACAUCAAAUGGAAUAUUUAGAGUUGAUUAAAAGAAAGAAAAUGAAUCAUAUUGGAUAGUUUGUUAAUCAGCAGCAGAUGAAUUUUAAAAAAGAACAAUCGAAAGAAUUUAGACAACAGAUAAAAAGAAACCCUCUAAAAAAAUAAAAAUGCAAGAAGAUUCUUAAUAAAAUAAAGAGAUUUAAGAUUAUAUUAAAUACGAUUUUGCACAUGCAUAUGGAUUAUUAAAUGGAUUUUUAGAAACAUAACCAAAUCUAAAGACAUUUAUUGAAUAAAUAGAUUAAAAUGAUUUAGAGAGGAAUAGAAAUUUAAGAAAUUAUAAUUUGGAUCUUGUAUCAAAUGGUAUCAAAGAAUGUUAAGAUUUUUUUGAUGAGUUGAUUAAGAAAUAAAAAAAUGAAAUUAUGUAAAAUUGA